GGAGUGGUUAUAAGAAGCGAUUAACUUCAUCAGUCAAGAUGGCUUGGAACUAAUUUAUUUUUCAUAAUAAAAACUUGAUUUAAUACAAUAGUUUAGAAAGUUUGUUUAAGUUUGAAUUGGACCAACAGGCAAAAUAAAACAUGUCAAACUCGGGUUUAUUAUCAGCUGGAUCACUACCUUCCUAUGAUGGAGCCAAAAUACCAUCUCUUCAGCCCAAUGAACAACAUUCAAACACUAAACCAAGCAACACUGAAGAUAAUUGGAUGACACUACCACUGGCUUCAAAUUGUUCACCAGGAUUGGAAUAUUUAACUCAAAUUGAUAAAUUUUAUGUCGUCAAGAAUAUUGAUCGUCGGGCAUCAAAGAUCACAUAUAUCAUUAAAAACGGUUCAGCCCAGAAAGUUUAUACUGCAGUUGAAGAUUACGAUAAAUGCUGCAAGAUUUGUUGUAACACUACCAGACCAUUCGAUAUAAGAGUUCUCGAUUCCCAGGAACGUGAAGUUCUUAAUUUCCAUCGACCUUUAGGAUGUCAAUCUUGUUGGUGCUUCUGUUGCCUUCAAAGUGUAGAAGUCACAGCUUCUGGCGUCACAUGUGGUUUCAUUGAACAAUCAUGGAGUCUUUUUGUAUCCAAAUUCAGAAUCUGUGAUGCUACUGGAAAAACUGUUUUAGUGAUCAAAGGACCAUACAUCAAUCAGAUUGUGACAAAAUUCCAAAUAUUUUCCAGUGAUGGUAAAACUGAAGUUGGCAAUGUUUCAGCGUUAAGGGCAAUGGCAUUACAAGAACAAUUUUCCGAUGUUGUUCACUUUAGCGCCUCAUUUCCAAUGGAUCUAGAUGUUAAUAUUAAAUCUGUAUUAAUGGCUGCUUCCAUUCUAAUUGAUUGCUUGUUCCUUAAAAGCGCACAGGAGAUUAGAGCCAUUCAUGCAGCUCAAACAGGAUUCCAUCUUGGACAUUGUUUAUCCAUGUGUUUGCAUUGAUUAAUUCGUCUGCCUUGAGAAAAUAUUCGAUGUUGAACUAUUCAAUAACAAUAUUGAUGUUUGAAAAUUGAAAUUUCCAAGAUUGACCAAAUGUUAAUAAGUUUUCAUUUGGUCCGAUGCACUCGAACUGUUUCACGACUCAAAUUUGAUAACUCUCAACACUAUGAUGCCAUUGUGACAUAAAAUUUUGUGUUUUUCAUGAGAUCAGCAAGAACAAAUUUUGUGUAUUUUUAACUAAUUUUAAAUCAUCAAUUGAUUGUUUUUUGUUCUCGACCACAAAUCGACCAGCAUAAAGCUUGGCCUUAAAGUAACUCUAAAAUGUUACGAGUGAGGUCAAUUUAAAACAAUUGUACGGAUUAUAAGCUUUUUGUGAUCAGUGAUAUUAAAAGGCCAUUCAGAGCUUGAAUUGA